GUUAAAAUAAAUAAAAAAAAACUGCGUGUAAAAACUUAGCCAUUAUUCAAAGCACCUCCACCUUUCUCUCUCUUGGACUACAGAAAAACCCACCAUUGUUGAUUGAGUUUGUUCCCUUCUUUCAACACCCUCCCUCUUAUCUCUAAAAAGCAUUUUGCUCGCUUGUGCUUCGCUGUUCGUGUUCUUUGGUCAAUAUGUGUUUAGAUUUGUAGUUAGUGCUGCUAAUUUUUAUAAUACUAAACGAACAGCAGUGAACGUGCUUCUUCCUGUCUCGUUGCCUCUCGCGCACACUAUUCCCCUCUCUCUUCCUGUCUCCCAUGCAUAGUUAAAAAAAGAAGUGAAAGUGAAAAUUAAAAUUAAAAAUACUAAAAUCUUCACGCCUGGAGAUGAAAAUGAUUAGUGUUUUUUCUUUUUAUACAAAACAGUCUGUUUUGAGAAGUGAAUGAAAGAGAGAGUCUUUGGAAUUUGGGCUGUUUUCUACCUUUCGAGACUCAUGCUUGUGUCUAAUUAACAAUCCAGAACUCUUUUAUUUUCAAUUCCGGGUCUCUCUAUUCAGUUCUUCAGAUGGGUUUCUUGAGAGGGAUUUGUUUAUUUCUCUAAUUUCUUUUGUCUUCCUCUUUUGCUCAAAUCACGCUAAACAAUGCUGUAAAUGAUAAUUUACUUGUAGUUAAGCAACAGCAGUGCCACUUUUCUCUGUACAUCAGAAGAAGAAAAAAGGUCUCUGUACAUCAGAAAAAAGGGUAGCUGCAACAUUGCUGCCUUGUUAAGGAGUAUUACCUUAGACAUACAUGGCUGUUUUGUGUCCCUGUGUUAUUGGGUUUUGUCCUUGUUAGAUAUGAACUGGGGGUCAGAGAAACAAGGAGAAAAUCAAGAAGAAACUGAGAGAUUUUAGUUCUUGUUGUGCUCGAGUCCAUCUAUGGCGUUGAAUAUACAGCAAAGCUACCGCCACUCAGUGGCUGUUAAAAUGAAUGGGCAAAUGGGGACCAAAAGGGGGUAUACAUUUAUACAAGCCAACAGGACUUGGCUUCCCAAGAUUCUGUUGCUCUGGGUCAUGGCCAUGGCACUUUUUAGUUUGACAAUAUACAAUGGCAUGGAUGCUGAUAAUAGAGUGAGGAGGAAGGAGGUGCUGAGUAGCAUGUGUGAUCAAAGGGCUAGAAUGCUGCAAGAUCAAUUCAAUGUUAGUGUCAACCAUGUUCAUGCCCUUGCCAUUCUUGUCUCCACUUUUCAUUACUACAAGAACCCAUCUGCAAUUGACCAGGAAACCUUUGCUGAGUACACUGCUAGAACUGCUUUUGAGAGGCCAUUGUUAAGUGGCGUAGCCUAUGCACAAAGAGUGGUCAAUUCAGAGCGGCUGGAAUUUGAGAGGCAACAUGGGUGGACAAUAAAGACAAUGGAGAGGGAGCCUUCACCCAUUCGAGAUGAAUAUGCACCUGUUAUAUUUUCUCAGGAGACGGUCUCCUACAUUGAGUCUCUUGACAUGAUGUCAGGGGAGGAGGACAGAGAAAACAUACUGAGGGCUAGGGCUACCGGGAAAGCUGUUUUGACGGGCCCCUUUAGGUUACUAGGUUCUCAUCACCUCGGUGUUGUAUUGACAUUCCCUGUUUACAAAUCUAAGCUUCCUCCAAGCCCAACUGUGGCCCAGCGCAUUGAGGCAACCGCUGGAUACCUUGGUGGAGCCUUUGAUGUCGAGUCCCUUGUGGAGAAUUUACUCGGACAACUUGCUGGGAAUCAGGCAAUUUUGGUGAAUGUUUAUGACAUAACUAACUCUUCUGACCUUUUAAUCAUGUAUGGUCACCAAAAUCAAGACGGUGACAUGUCUCUUUUGCAUGAAAGCAAGCUUGAUUUUGGAGAUCCAUUCAGAAGGCAUCUGAUGACAUGCAGGUACCACGAGAAGGCACCCACUUCAUGGACUGCACUCACCACAACUUUCUUAUUCUUUGUGAUCGGUUUACUAGUGGGUUACAUCUUGUAUGAAGCUGCAAUUCAUAUUGUAAAGGUCGAGGAUGAUUUCCAUGAAAUGCAGGAUUUGAAAGUCCAGGCUGAAGCUGCUGAUGUUGCUAAAUCCCAGUUUCUAGCUACUGUAUCUCACGAAAUCAGAACACCUAUGAAUGGCAUCCUUGGAAUGCUUGCUUUGCUACUAGAUACAGAUUUAAGUUCAACCCAGAGGGACUAUGCUCAAACUGCUCAAGUCUGUGGAAAGGCACUGAUAGCUUUGAUAAAUGAGGUGCUUGACCGGGCAAAAAUUGAAGCUGGAAAGCUAGAGCUGGAAGCAGUUCCAUUCCAUAUUCGAUCCAUAGUAGAUGAUGUCCUUUCUUUAUUUUCUGAGAAGUCUAGAAACAAAGGCAUUGAGCUGGCUGUGUUUGUUUCUGAUAAAGUUCCAGAAAUUGUUGUCGGUGAUCCUGGGAGAUUCAGGCAGAUUAUCACAAAUCUGGUGGGGAACUCUGUUAAGUUCACUGAAAGAGGACAUACAUUCGUUAAAGUUCAUCUGUAUGAACAUGCCAAGGCCACGACAGAUACAAAAGCAGACACUUGUUUAAUUGGUGGGUCCAAUGAAAGUGUGCUUAUAUCAGGGUCCCAAAAGUUCAAAACCUUAAGUGGUUGUGAAGCAGCAGAUGAUCAAAACAGUUGGGAUGUCUUUAAGCAUCUUUCCGAUGAAGAUUUCCGAUUUGAUGCCUCAAUAAAUGUAAUGACCAGCAAUGAAGCUUCUGAAAAUAUCACUUUGAUGGUAUGUGUGGAGGAUACAGGAAUUGGCAUCCCCUUAAAAGCCCAGAGUCGUGUUUUCAUGCCCUUUGUGCAGGCAGACAGUUCAACAUCAAGACAUUAUGGAGGAACUGGGAUUGGAUUGAGUAUAAGCAAAUGUCUGGUUGAGCUCAUGGGUGGUCAAAUAAGCUUUAUUAGCCGACCUGAGGUUGGAAGCACAUUUUCAUUCACAGCUGUUUUUGGCACGUGCAAGAAAAAUGCUUUCACCAAAAUGGAAAAACGCAAUGCUGAAGAUUUGCCUUCUGGCUUUAGAGGAUUGAAAGCAUUAGUUGUUGAUGGAAAACCAGUUAGGGCUGCUGUAACCAGAUACCAUUUGAAGAGGCUUGGUAUCCUAGCUGAAGUUGUGAGUAACCUCAAGGUGGCUGCUGGUAGCUGUGGGAAAACUGGUUCUCUAACAUCUGGAAGUAAAAUCCAGCCAGAUAUAAUUCUAGUCGAGAAGGAUGCAUGGAUUUCUGGGGAGGAUGGUGUUUCAAGUGUAUGGAAACUGGACUGGAAACAAAAUGGACAUGCGUUGAAGUUUCCUAAGAUGAUCCUUCUUGCUACGAAUAUUACCAAUUCUGAAUUUGAUAAAGCAAAGGCAGCAGGUUUUGCCGAUACCGUGAUCAUGAAACCUUUGAGAGCAAGUAUGGUGGCUGCAUGUCUUCUUCAGGUGCUGGGCAUGGGCAAGAAGAGAUCACAAGGGAAAUGCAUGCCAAAUGGAUCUUCUUUCCUUCAGAGCCUUCUCUGCGGAAAGAAGAUUCUGGUGGUUGAUGACAAUAGGGUAAACCGCAGAGUUGCUGCAGGUGCGUUAAAGAAGUUUGGAGCUGAUGUCGAGUGUGCUGACAGUGGUAAAGAAGCACUGAAAUUGCUUCAACUACCACACACUUUUGAUGCAUGCUUCAUGGAUAUUCAAAUGCCAGAAAUGGAUGGGUUUGAGGCAACACGUCGUAUCCGGCAGAUGGAGAGCCAGGCAAAUGAGCAGAUGAAUGGUGAAUCCAUGGUAGAAGGAGGAACAGCUAGAAAAGGACAGUGGCAUAUUCCAAUACUAGCAAUGACAGCUGAUGUGAUACAUGCCACACAUGAUGAGUGCUUGAAAUGUGGGAUGGAUGGAUACGUCUCAAAGCCUUUCGAGGAAGAAAAUCUCUAUCAGGCAGUUGCCAGGUUCUUUGAUGGCAAAUCCACUUUAAAGUCACAAUAGGAAUCCCCUUGCCUCGUGGGAAUUGGGAAAAUCCAAAUUGGAGAGUUUCUUUGGUUGAUCUGAACCAGCAAUUUUGAAUCACCCGCUGGUGCACUUGGCUCGAGUGGAUAAUGGACGUUGGUUUCCUUGGAUUUUUGAUGAUUCGUCAUCGAAAAUAGUUACAGGUUCGCUCAAUUAUUUCUAACCAACUUCAGUUUAACUUGAAUAGAUGCUAAGCACAUGUAUACUAGUAAAGAAGCCUCCGUCCCCACUUGUAUGUAUAAAUCAUUGGGAGGGGGGAGGAGCAAAAGUUGUAAAUCUUAUUCUCUUUUUCCUUUUUUGUUGCUGAGGAAUCUUCACCCUUGUUUUGUAUUGUUACCUAUUCAGCAAGACUUAUUGACUAGACAUUGCUUUGCCAUAGAAGGGUAGUUGAGAGUGAAACCAUUUGCAUCAUUGCAUGCGCAUUGCCUUGGAUAAUUGAUGGAGAAA